ACUCGCGGUUCCGUUGACAAUUUAUCACUUGUUUUCACGUAAGACACAUUUUGUUCUCCUCUGCCUGGUUUUGAAGUUAAUAAAUGCCCAAACUAUGGAAAUUGACUUAAUAAAUAAGUGUCGAGUGUGUUUGGAGGGCGACAAACAAAUGCAUUUUUUAUUUGACGAGUUCGACCAAGGGAUUACCCUGCAGGAUAUUUUGACCAGUACGACGGGAUUCCAGAUUCAAGAAAACGACGGCUUUUCGCCCUACAUUUGCCAGAACUGCACCUCAAUAAUCGUCGAAUUUUAUAACCUCAAAACGAUCUAUGAAGAGAACGAAAACCAGCUGAAGUCGCUUUUGGCGACCACGGAAACUAAUUCGCUUGAACCGGACGAGUCCAGUCUAGACAAAGACGACGAAAAGAGCGACAACGAAAGCGACUACAUAACUAUCAAAGUCGAGUCGUUUAGUAGCGACGAGUCGAACGAUUUUCAGUCAAAAAACGACGAUAACUAUGUGGUUUCGAGCAGCGCGGAAGGCGAGCCCGAAAUUGGUGCUUCAGUGGACUAUGACUUCCAAGAAAUCAAUACGUUUACGUGUCCGGAAUGCGGCGACUGUUUUUUGUACAAGAACGACAUCCAUGCCCACAUGGUUGCAAAGCAUGAUAUAACAGAAAUUGACUAUGACGAGGUCUCAGAACCGUCGCUUUUGAAAGUGGAAAAACACCCGUCGUCGUACGUGAAUAAAUGCAAAGUUUGUAAUCAAGCAUUUGCUUCGAGUGAAGAAUACAAAGAACAUUUAGAAACCCACAAGAAAAACGUUUGUGAUAUUUGCGGUGUUGGGUUUAUUAAAAAAUCGUACUUGAAGGAUCAUCAAGAAAUUCAUUGCACUGAAAAGCGGCACGUGUGCAACUUUUGUAAUAAAGCCUUCAAGAGAAGAACAGUUUUAGUGAAACAUAGGAGGAUCCACACACACCCUAGACAGUGUAUUUGUGAAGUAUGUGGUAAAGCUUUUAAUGACAAAGGUACUCUUAAAACGCACAUUAUGCUGCUGCAUGUCAGGGAACGGAACUACAUGUGUUUGAUUUGUGGGAUUAAAUUUCCGCUUAAAGGAACGUUAGAGAAGCACAUCCGGCGACACCAAAAUAAGGAACGGGAAUUUUUUUGUACACAGUGUCCUUUAGGGUAUAGGGAUAAGUCAAGUUUGGACAGACACAUCUACGUUAAGCACAGUGGGAGAAAUGUCAAGGCCACUUGUAGCGAUUGUGGGAAACAGUACACCACUAUUGGUAAUUUAUUCAAACAUCAAAGAAAUUGUCACAGUGCUUCAGGACAAACUGUGGAUGAAGCCAUCUAAGCAAAUAUAUAGUAAUAUAUUUUU